AACGAAAACGCAAUACUGGUGUUGUGAAAAAUCGCCGAUGCUAAAACACACACACACACAAAAACAGAAUCUUCGCGUUUUAAUCCAACUUUCCAGCUUUCUCCCUAAACCACUCCUCACCCUUUUUUAUUCUUUUGAUUCCAUUUUCUCUCUCUUCAUUUUCUUCUUCUUCAUUCAUACCUUAUUUAUCACCGUCACUGUCUUUUUCUUCAUUUCUCUAGUUCAUAUUUUCUGGGAAAAUAUAUUCAUUUUCAGGGAAUUUCAUAAUAAUCAUAUAGUUGUAAUAAUAAUAAUAUGGGUAUGGUAUGUCCUGAGCUUAGUUUAGAUUUGAAACCAAGUUAUAUUCCUGAAACAAUUAUUGGAUUUUUGAGAGAAGUUUCGAUGAUCAACGAUCCAUCUGAAAGAUCACGCAAAGUUGAUGACUUUCUUAAGAGAUUAGAAGAUGAAUUGAAGAAGAUUGAAGUUUUUAAAAGAGAACUUCCUCUUUGCAUGAUUCUUCUCAAAGAUGCAAUUUUAUAUCUAAAGCAAGAAUCAACACAAUAUAAGACAAGAAAUGCUCAUCAACCAGUAUUGGAAGAAUUUAUUCCAAUGAAGAAAGAUUUAAGUGGAAUUGAACAUACUCAAAUAAAUAAGACAGGUGAAGAAGAUUCUGGAAGAGAUAAGAAGAAUUGGAUGAGCUCAGUUCAGCUAUGGAACACUGAUGAAUUACCAAUUAAGAGUAGUGCACCUCACUUGAAUUGUAAUCAGAAUCAAAAUCAAAAUCAAAAUCAAAAUCAUGUUUCAGAAUCUCAAAAGGGAAAUGAUAAAAGAAAUCAAGUUAUUGGGGGUGAUAUAUUUGAUCCUUGUAAAAUAAGGGCAGGAUCAAAAGGGUUUGUACCUUUGGUUCAUCAUAAUUACCCUACUACUACUACUACUUUCCCGGAGUUGAGGAGGAAAGUAGAUAAGGAGGAUGUAAAUGCUUCAGGACUUACUUUGCUGGUGCCUGGAAUGAUCAAGCAUCCAGAAGAGGAGUCGAUUUCGAGGGUUUAUACCCCGAAACUAGGGGGCGGGCGGAGUUCUAAUUCGGCCUCCCCUGCCUCUAGUGGACGGCCUUCCAACCAGCAGACGUCGUCGAGGAAGCAGAGAAGAUGUUGGUCACCAGAAUUGCACCGGAGAUUUGUUGAUGCCUUGACACAGCUUGGUGGUCCACAAGUGGCCACUCCAAAACAAAUUCGGGAGCUGAUGCGGGUGGAUGGGCUUACUAAUGAUGAAGUGAAGAGCCAUUUGCAAAAAUACAGGCUUCAUACUAGACGAGUUCCAAAUGAUUCGAGUACUAAAAGUGGCCAGGCUUUGAGUGGUUCAUGGACAGCUCAGGAUCAAUACAGCGAAUCCUCGAAGCCAAGUAGCUCUCAAUCUGCCUCACCUGAAGGUCCCCUCCAAUUUCCGGGGCUUACAGGUGGGACCUCUACUACUGGAGGUGAUAGCAUGGAAGACGAAGAUGACGAGAAAUCCGAAAGCUAUAGCUGGAAAGGUCAUGUUCAAAGAGCAGGAAAGGAUGAUGUAUAGGCAAUGUAUAUCUUCUACAAGUAGUAGAUCAAGUUUUGGCAGUGAAAAAUCAUACACGGAGGACUCAGUCCGAACGAACAUAGUUACUGAUGUUUAUUAUUUACUACAACCUUAAUAACCCGGAUCGGAGCUGGAAAAAAAGCGUAAAAAUGGGGGUGGAUUGAAUUUUGCAGGAAUAUUAGGAGCCGAGUAGUUCCCUUGGAUCUUGAUUCUGUAUCUUGAGUCUUUGUAGUUUUGUUUUUGUAUUUGCAUCACGGCAUAAUUUCUAGAUCCAAGUGUGAACCAAAGCUAGUAGGAAAAAUGAUUCGUUAGACUAGUUACUGAAAGAAAUCCCGAUAUGGGAAAGAUGAGAAUGAUUUGUUAUUGAAGUUUUUACCAGAAUAUAGAAUGAAUUUUGGUCAGAAGCAUGAUGUAUUUUUAACUGUUUCAACCUCAUGAGUUAUGAGGAAUAUAUAUUGGACGACAGCAUUAUUAUACUA